CUCACCUAAUGUCAAAAGAACCCGCAGCAGGGUAGGAAACCGGGGGAGAGAGAGCGAGGGGGUCCUGAAAGAAAGAACCCAAACCCAAGCAGAGAACACCACCGUUCACCUCGCCGGGGCGUCCAUCCGCAACGAUCUGCAGCCAUGGCGAUGGCUUACAAGAUGGCGACGGAGGGGAUGAACGUGAAGGAGGAGUGCCAGCGCUGGUUCAUGGAGAUGAAGUGGAAGAAGGUGCACCGCUUCGUGGUCUACAAGAUCGACGAGCGGUCGCGUGCCGUGCUUGUGGACAAGGUGGGCGGCCCCGGGGAGGGCUACGAGGAGCUCGUCGCCGCGCUGCCCGGCGACGACUGCCGCUACGCCGUCUUCGACUUCGACUUCGUCACCGUCGACAACUGCCAGAAGAGCAAGAUCUUCUUCAUCGCCUGGUCACCGACGGCGUCGAGGAUCAGGGCCAAGAUCCUGUACGCGACGUCGAAGCAAGGCCUGCGGCGGCUGCUGGACGGGGUCCACUACGAGGUGCAGGCCACCGACCCCUCCGAGAUGGGCUUCGACGUCAUCAGAGGCCGCGCGCAAUGAGGCUGCUCCAAGCCUCCUACGUGUGUGUACGUGUGCGCUCGUCUCCUGUCACUACUACUCACUGCUGCGCGUGUAUCUGAUCGAUCGGCCGGAUACUAAUUGGCGUUGGUGUGCUCCCGUAGCGUUGAUGAUGCCAUCUGACGAGGGUUCAUGUGUGUGUGUGUGAUCUAGAGGUUUGGUGUGUUUGCUUUUUGAUCUCUGGUGUAGUGGUGUGCUGAUGUAAUAUGGAUGGAGUAGACGAAGCUGAGGGAGUGGCAGCGGAUUAAUGAAACGUCCAUCUCUGCGACGUAGAAUUCCACUGAACAAUUGCUCCUGAAUGUAUACCAUAAGGUGCUUCAGAUUUGCUUGCGUUCUUCAGGCAGUGCUCCUUUCCAAGUACUACGGAUUCGAAGCAAAGUUGUUUCCUGCUUU